ACUGGGCCGGGCCGGUUGUCUCAUCCUGGAAGCAAAGCUCCUUCCCCCGUUUCUUUUCUGGGCUCGAUACUUAAGCUGCCGAGAGGGAGGCGGGCGAGGAAGGAGGUCUCUCUCAAGACUUCUAGACACUUCAGCAUGUUCAAUUUGCACGGCAGCCUUUAUCUGCGAUUCAGGAAGUGAGCUGCGGGGGAUACAGAUAGAAGCCAGGAGGCGGAGAGAUAAGCAAGUGACUGGGAUGUGGGGUCCAGUCGCAGAUAAGGCGGAAUGCCUCUUCUGGCAGGAUCCAUGAGGCUGUGGUCUGGAAUUCAGUCCAGGUCUGCAGGAGGCCCUGGUUGCUUGCCCAGCUAGGGGAAGGGCUUGGAGUGGAGGGGAACAUGGGGACGUUGUAUCAAGGUUCUUCUACGCUGCACAGGUCGCUCCGCUUGAGCAUGGGAGGCUCUUGCGUCUCCGACUACGUCAAGAAAUUUGCGACGAAAGAUAAAUCAGAGGAGAAAGCUUCAAAAGGGAAGCAUGUUCCCAUCAAGAAAGGAAUCCAAGCCGAAGGCAAGAAUUCCUUGGAAGGCAGCAAAAAGGAGAAAAAGUUGGAUGAACCUGAUGGGGUAUGUGAAAAGGUGAACUCGUCUGGAACGAACCUUUCCAAAGCUGACUCUGGUCCAUGCGGGAAAGAGAGGAUGGCCCAGACUGAAACUUCAGAUGCUUUGGGUUGCCAACAACAAAAAGAUGUGGGUAUCAGUGCCCUGGUCCAAAACGACGCCCUUUGCUGCAUCGCCGGAAGCAAUCCACCAGGAUUGGAGAACACAGACAAAGCUCCAGGCCUGGAAGAACCUCCUACAAAGACUGUCGAUCCAAAGCCCAAGGAAAGUGAAAAGGCGGCUUCUCGACUCAUUUCUCCAACUCGGGAAGCUGUGCCUUCCACUUCUGGCAGUGAAGUUAUACAAACGAGGCUUUCCAUCGACGUGCAAAUGAGCGAUGCUCAAGAGAAGCCUCUGAAGAGCCAAGAAGGAAACGUCGGAGGAGGCCCUGCCGGUAAAGGUGCCAGGGUACCCAUUCCUCAGCCUCCGUCUCCGGCAGGUGAAGGGGCAAAAUGUUGCCCAGACUCUAGUAAAGGUAAGCAGGCGCCUAAGAGCAGCAGGACUGAUCUCCCUCAAGGGAGAAAAGGGGCCAAGCUUUCCGAUAAGCAAGGUGAGCAAACGCCAAAGCCAGCAGACCGAAAGCCGCUUCCAACGGCUGGAGAGAAAGGAGAGCUUAAAGGCAAGACUGUGAGUUCCGUUGCAAAGGAUUCUGGGAAAGAUCCAGGGGCCACAACGAAAAGGCCCAAAGAAGCGCCAACGAUGAGGAAAGGCUCUGUAAAAGAUGGCAAACUGGAGACUGUGGAAUCUGGUGGCACACCUCCAGCAGACCAGGGAAGUGGAUCUGGUCAGCGUGUGGGGAAACCAUCCGAAAAUGUGGCUUUGGCAGGAGCUGGUGAAAGGGAAGAAGUGGUCAUCGAUGACAGCCCUCCGCCCCCUGCUCCGUUUGAGCACCGCAUCGUUAGCGUCAAGCAAACCGAGGUGUCUGCGGGCUAUUUGAUUUGCCAUCAUGAAGUCUUGGGAGGGGGGCGAUUUGGUGAAGUCCGCAAAUGCACCGAAAAGUCCACGGGACUCUGUCUGGCAGCCAAGAUCAUCAAAGUCAAAGUGGCGAAAGAAAGGGAAGAAGUGAAAAAUGAAAUAAACAUAAUGAACCAGCUCAAUCACGUCAACUUGAUCCAGCUUUACGACGCUUUCGAGUGCAAGAACAACCUCACCUUAAUCAUGGAAUAUGUUGACGGCGGCGAGCUGUUUGACCGGAUCACAGAUGAAAACUACCAUUUGACGGAAUUGGAUGCGAUCCUGUUUACCAAGCAAAUCUGCGAAGGAAUCUACUACCUCCAUCAACAGUACAUUCUUCAUCUCGACCUCAAGCCUGAAAAUAUCCUCUGUGUGAAUCGCACGGGGAACCAGAUUAAAAUCAUUGAUUUUGGACUAGCGAGAAGGUACAAACCCCGCGAGAAGCUGAAAGUUAAUUUUGGCACGCCGGAAUUCUUAGCUCCCGAAGUGGUGAACUACGACUUUGUGUCGUUCCCCACGGACAUGUGGAGCGUGGGCGUCAUUGCGUACAUGCUGCUCAGUGGUCUAUCGCCUUUCCUUGGAGAAACGGACGCAGAGACGAUGAAUUACAUUGUGAACUGUAGCUGGGAUUUUGAUGCAGAAGCGUUUGAGCAAGUGUCAGAAGAAGCAAAAGACUUUGUGUCAAGACUCCUGGUGAAGGAAAAGAGCGGCAGGAUAAGCGCAGCAAAUUGCCUGAAACAUGAAUGGCUGGCGGACCUUUCCGGCAAAGCCCAGAAAUCCAGGGUCCGCUUGAAGUCCCAGCUGCUGCUGCAGAGUUACAUGACCCACAAAAAAUGGAAGAAGCAUUUCUACGUGGUUGCCGCCGCCAACCGACUAAGGCGAUUCCCAAGUCAGUCCGAUAACCCCGCAUAGCCUGCGCCAGGAGAAAAACCAAUGGACUUGACCAAUUUUAGCUAAAAGUCCUCUUCUUCCCCAUCCGACAAGUCCUUUUUCUUUUCCAUCUCAUUAGCCCCAAGCACGCUCAAGUCUUUGCCUUCAGACCUAACCGGAUAGAACGGGACUCUCUGCCUCUCUUGAAUGGAAUCAAUUCCUCUUUGACAAAUUAUCACAGGAAAAGAAGCUCGAAGUAUGCCGUACGCCUUCGUUUCUCUAAUUACACUUUCCCCCCCAUGAAUGAAACUAAGAACGUCAUCCUGGUUGUGAACUUUAGCAUAUGGUGGGAAGGUAUCCUUGAAAAAUGGAAGACAAUUCCUACCAUAAUUUUGCUGGGAUGUUCUCAAAUAUUCAGUGAAAACAGCACGCGGGAUACAACAGAAGAGAUCUGCUCUUCUUGGCACCCGUUUGUCCCCUAGGUAUGCUUUGUCCCUGCUUUCAUUUGCCCACGCUGACCCAGUCCACUGCAGCAGGGUCCCCCCACCCUUGUUGAGCCUGCGGGCAGUAUUGUAAUUUUGGUGGCACAAUGCUUUGUCAAAAAACAAUUUGGGAUGUGUUGACAUUGUGGACUAGCAGCAUGAGAGCAGAAUUAAACAUUGACCUCUGAUAUUUGCAAAAAAAACCCCAGGGAAUGAACAUGUACAAUUUAAAAAUUUUAUUAUUGUUUCUGUAGAAGAGGCAACUCUCCUGCUAAGACAAGCUAAAAAACACACCAGGAAGAUGGAAGGUUUAAGACAAUGCAUCACGUUUAAAAUGUAGUCUGUAGUUGUUCAAAGGCUAAAAAUGUACGGUUGAAAAUUCUCUCGUGUCAAAUGCCACUCUCCUUUCAGACUCUGAAGUCUUUGGAGAGAGCUAGACAGGAUACCUGCAUACUUGGUUCUUGCAUUCACAUCUGAAGACAAAAUACAGUACUGAGUUCUGAUUCUAAGCCUCUUAAAUGGAAACCAGUUCCACUGAAGACAACAAACUUUACUUCCACGCAAGCAUAGUUAGAAUUUUUGACACAACAUUUGCUUUCUAAGCGGGGUGGGUGGGUUUAAAGUUAAUUGAAUAGGACCGAAUCCUAAAUUUGGCAAUGUGUUCUAGGCUGAACAUUGCGCAUCUGGUCACACAGGAAUCAGUUUGCUUAAAGCAGCAGAAACUUGAGGUACUUUGAGAAGUGUCUGUGAGGGUUUCAAAAAUAAAAUAAGGUGGUUUUUUCAGGUGUUAAAAGGUUUGUCCAGGUAAUUCGUAUUGGGGGACACACACAC